AUGCCUUUACUAGAUCUAUGCCGCAACUGCGCGUCGAAUCGGGGAACGAAGGACAUCGACAUCUCCCGAUCGUACGAGGUCCUCGGUCUUCCGCAUGACACGACAGUCGACGAACUGGAUGAGACAUACUUGCAGCUCACCCUCAGGUUGAGCGGCGCCAGUGGUUCGAGGAACAAGGAGGAGUCCAAAGAGCAGCAAGAACUUCUGGAUAUGGCCUAUCAUAAUGUGCUGGCACGGCUUCUCAAAGAGUUUCGCGAGCCUUUCAAAGCAGACUACAGCAUGCAACAGGUGGUCAACGGGGAGGAUCGCAUUCAACCACUCAGUCAGCACGAUACUUACAUGUGGAUUCCACCCGAGGCCCCGCCUUCUCCGAUCAACCCAUCCGGUUCCGAGUCCUCACUAGAGGACCUCGGUGAAGCACCUGGUUUCAGCAUGAACGAAAUAGAAGGAGAUAUCUUUGACGCACCCGACCGCGCCGUGCUGAUCCAUGCAGUCAACUGCCUUGGCGUGUGGGGAAACGGCAUUGCGGCACAGUUCAAGAAGGCAUUCCCAGCGGCCUACGCCGUCUACCGCUCGCAUUGUCAACAAGCCAAUAAGCCUUACGACCUGAUCGGAACAUGUCUAUUGAUUCCACCACAACCGAAGGAUUACGUCCAGGAAAUGACAAGCAAACGAAAAAAGAACCUCUGUGGCAGAAAUGGUCACAGCAGUACAGUUGUGUACAAGAAGCGCCACUGGAUUGCUUGUUUGUUCACCAGUAUCGGCUUUGGCGAGCCAAGUAUAUCAGGCCUGAAUCCUGGUAAAGACUCUAGAACGCGGAUCCUGAUUCGGACGCAACAAGCCUUGGAACAGCUAAGAAUCUUGUUGGAGGAAUUUCAGCCCUCUAAUUUCAAUCCGGAGACAAGCUGGCGCACUGAUGAUGACAAACCAGGGGAGAUCUGGUGUUGUAAAUUCAACAGUGGCGCUUUUGAGGUCGGCUGGGAAGACACUUGUGCUCGUGUGGAAGAAGAAUUUGUAGGGUUCGAGCGGCCCUGGACUGUGGUGGAGAGAGUCGCAAAGGACAAACAUGGCGGUCAGGUCUGACCAGUGACAGGGAGAAGGUGUGCUGGACCUAACUGGGGUGGGGAUGUGGCCAACUCGGGUGCUCGACCGGGAGUGCUUUUCAUCACUGUUUUGCUCAUAUUUUCUGGAGAGUUAUUAUUGAGUCUUCGAGGUUGUUCUCUGUUGGGAGGGUUCUGAUCAUGCAACUCAGAAAAUUCGGACAUCAAAGUUGGGCAGUGU